UUUACUUGACACACAUCACUCUGUUGUCAAUUCGACAGUUUUUGUUCCAAUCGUACAAGUUUUAAAACAUUAGUUACGUACUACUAAAACACAGACCGGUCACAAUACUUGCACAAUCUAAUGCUAUCGAAUGAAAGAGACGUAUCAGACAUUACGCCUUUACAAAGAUAUCGAUGUCCGGUUUCCAUUAACACGAUUAGAACACUACUCAUUCAACAAGAUUUAUUUUUGUGGGGGUACUUUGCAGUUGGUGUACAACUACUACUAAACUGUGCUGAGAGCUAAUAUGGCAAUUCCCUCAUUUGGCAAAAAUAUUUUGAUACAGCUCAUGUAUUGAGUGUCAUUACUUUGUUCUGUUACCAAAUUUGAAUUGAAUAAAAUAUGACUUAAAAUGUGACUUUUUGAAAAUAGGCAUUUUUGUUUGCAUCUCCUCACUUGGGGGCAGAUUUGCCCCCAUUAAUCCUCGAUGUUUUCAUUUUCAAGCUUGAGAAAGGAAUGUAACAUUUCGCAAAAAUGGAGCAUGUCAAAAUAUGUUCGAUUCAAUAUUUUUUUUCGACUCAUAAAAAUAAUGACUAGCGGCCUAUUAGGAGAUAAACUAGCGUGAAAAUAAAGCGAGAUAGUGCACAGCACACAUCCUGUUAGAAAUGCUUAUCAGUGAGGGCCAGCCGGCGGCAUCACACUCACAGUGAAGCUGGCGAGAGCAACACGCCUCGACAGGGACAACAUACAACACUCAUGUCAUUCCCGAGGAUGAAGGAACUCCAACUUCUGUGUCUUCUCAUCUUUGGAGGUCAAAGUUCUUUGGCAUGCCCGCAUCCCUGCACCUGUCAUGGGAGCCAGGUGGACUGCAGCAGCAGGUUUCUCAACUCCUCCAACCUGCCCAGCAUCUUCCCCGAGGGCACCACCGAGCUACGCCUUCACAACAACCGGCUGACCACUCUCCCGAACGGGCUUCUGGACAAUCUCUCAUCCCUUCGCCAGGUAUCCCUGUACAGAAACCCGUGGGCGUGUGACUGCGGCGUCCUAUACCUGCGAGCCUGGCUGAGACGUCGUCCCGGCGGAAGUUUCUCUUCUCAACUGCACGUUAAUUGUAGCUCCCCUGCCCACCUCAGAGGGAGAUUGGUGGAGUAUCUGACUGAGGAGGAGGUGCUGGACUCCUGCCAUUACUGGUACUGUAACCUGGCCUUGACUUCGCAGGCGCUCCUGUUUGUGUUUGUGCUGGUGCAGGCUGCACUGCUGGUCGCCGUCAUCGUCUUCCUGAGGAGGUUUGAGAAGCUCUCCAGGGAGGCCAGGAGAACCAAGGAGGAAAGCCUCACAGCAGGAGAGAGGGAAACUGUGUAUUUGCCUCUAACUGACAGGAGCAGUUGAAACUGCUCUAUGUUCCACACAAAAAUGGUAAAGAAGAAUACAAAAAUAAAGUCUUGAAGAUGCAGAAGGAGUUUUAAAAAUGUCUGUAAAAGCAUAAUAGAUUUUGUUGAUUGUAGACCCUAUUAUGGUCUUGAGUAACCUGGAAAACUUCGCAAGCUCACAUUCAUACUUGUGGCCAUUUUAAAGUCUUCAUUGGACUGAACAUGCAUGGUCUGGGAAUGUAGAUUAUACGAAAACUAUUGUGAGUCUUUUAUUACAUUUGGAUAAAAUUGACCAAUACUAAAGUACUUAUGUAGAACACAUUGUCCUGUAUUGUAUUUUAAUGUGUUUUAAGUGGGUCACUAAAUGUGUCCAAUAUGGGAAUUGUGACACAUUUCGUUGCACUGGUAAUAAAGAUAUAUUAACGGAACCUCAUAUUUUCCUCAACUGUUUUGUGGUUGGGAACAGUUGGAUUUCCCCAAGCGUCUUAUAUAAGGUAAAAAUUACAGUCACUGUAACAUGCAAAUGAAGCGAUUAAAAUUACGCGUCCUCCAAAUGUCCUUACGUUUUA